AUGGCACCUGGGGCGCUCCGACCCCGAGUGUCCUGUCCGCCGCCCCGCCUCGGCUCUCCGCUGGCGAGGCCAGUGUCGGACGCCGUGGCCUCGGCCAGGGCGACGCCAUGGGCGACCCUGGAGGCCCCCGCCCGUCUCCUCCUGCAGGCGCUGCAGGCCGGACCCGAGGGUGCGCGGCGCGGGCUAGGGGUUCUGCGCACCUUGGGCCGCCGCGCUGAGCACUUCCCUUGGGAUAGCUUCCUGGAGGCGCUGGGCCGCGCAGAGCCCGAAGUGCGGGGCCCAGAUGGCCGCCUGGAACUGACGCCACUGUUGCUACGGUUGCCUGGAGUAUGCCGGAAGAACCUGAUGUCCUUGCUGCUGGCUGUUCGAUCCUCCUUACCCGAAAGCGGCCUCCGCUCUGUGCUGCAGCUUGAUCAGCAGGGCACAGCAUCUACCUCUGAUGCCUGGCUCCACGCCCUCAGGGAGCUGCUGCAAAGGGAUGUGGGGCUUGGAGUCUCUGUGGAGGGAUCCUCCCCAUUGACCGGAAGCUGUCAGUCACAUCUCCGGGACCUGUGUGGGCGGCUGGGCCAAGGUGGGAGGGGGCUGAAACCGGCCCUGGGUUCUGAUCCUGAACCAGAGGGCAGACUCUCACAGCUUUCUGGGAAGCGGAGGAAAAGGACCGAGGGAGAGACUGCCGGCCCUGAGUUAGAGAGAUCCCCUAAAAGGUUCCGGGGUUGUGAGGAGGAACAGGAAGAGGUGGUGGAAAGAAAGGAAGAGAGACCCAAGCCAGAGACUUCGGAAUCAGAGUCAGAUGCAGGAGGCGUGUUGCCUGAUACUGAAGUCGAGGCUCCGGAGGCUCGCCCGGGCGUAGCAGAGGCCGAGAGUCCAGCUAAGAGUGUGGAGCUCCCCAAAGUUGUCCAGGACCAGGUGCCCAGGCUGCGGCAGCUGCUGAAGGCCUUGCAGGAGGGGCUGGAGGGGCUGGAGGAGCCCCCAGUGGACCUGCAGUUUCUUCACGAAUGUAGUCCCAGCCAGAUGGAGUCGCUAUGCAGCCAGCUACAACUGCCCCAGCUCCCGGACGGAGGCCUCCUGCAGCUCUGCAGCCACCUGCUGGGUCUCACCCCAGCCCUCAGCAUCAGCAAUGCCUCUGUGCUGGCCAGGAGCCUCUUUCUUGACCGGAUCCUCUCCCUGCCAUCCUCCGCCUCCAGGCUUCUCAGAGCUGCCCUCACCUCCUUCUGUGCCAAGUACACCUACGCUGUCUGCAGGGCUGUCCUCUGUCCCUUGUUCCAGGACCCAGGCAUAGGUCCUGUGCAGACGGAGUUACUGUGUUCCCUCUUAAAGGAUGAGUCCUUGGAGCCAGACAUGCAGGUCCAGAUUCUGGGGCAGGUCCUGGAGCUGGCCUGGAGGGAAGAGACGUUCCUGGUGUUGCAGGCGCUCCUGGAGCGGCAGGUGGAGAUGACCUCGGAGCUCUUCAGUGUCUUGAUGCAGAGGCUCUGCAAAGAGGGGCCGGCAGCCACCACCUCCAUGGCCUAUGCCAAGCUGAUGCUGACGGUGAUGACCAAGUACCAGGCCAGCAUCUCACAGCAGCAGAGUCUGGACCUGGCUGUGGCCCUAGAGCCCAACACCACCUUCCUGAAGAAGUCCCUGCAGGCAGCCCUGAGACAUCUGGCCCGCUGACCACCCACACCCCAGGCUGUGCAGGGGCCAUCUUGUCUCCACAGAGAGCAGAGAGGAGGCCCUGGCUGCUCCUCCACUCCUGACAACAUCUCGAUCCAGGGCCGGUGGAGGAUGAGCGGGAAUCUUUCGCGCUCAUGUGUGUGUUGUGACCCCCUUCUGAACUGAGUAAUUCUGUAAUGGUUCUUAAUAAAGAGAAGACAGUUCAUCCACA